AUGAUUUUGAUGACGUGUCAAAAGGCCUUCACAGGUUCACAGGCCUUGCUUCCGGAGAGCGAACGAGCGAACGAACCACCCAAAUUGGCAACAGACGAUGGCGUUCGAAUUUCGAUGGGAGCAAAAAACGAACAAACAAUGGAACAAGACGGAGACGCGAACCCUGCGGCAUCGACGGUCUCGGAAGAGUCUUCGUCGCACAAUGGCGUUGACUCGGGCCACGAAUCGGGUGACGAAAAUGGUGACGGGCUCGACUACGAGCUGGAUCCGGACAAGCGACGAGAAGCUCGCAAGUUGCGUCGGGUCAUGGCCAACCGUCGAUCCGCCCGGGAAUCGCGAGAACGUCGAAAAAAAUUAUUGACUGAUCUGCAGGAUUCGGUAGAAAGUCUGACGGCCGAGAAUGCCUCCUUGACCAAGGAGAAUUUGAGUUUGCGCAAGGAAUUGGCCAGUCUCUUGCAACAAUCGGGUUUGGCCGGAGCGAAUGCUGGAAAUUUGUCCAAUUUGGCGUUGCAGUUACAGCCACCGGGUCCAGUGGUCAGUGGAAGUAGUGGUGCCAAUGGUAACGAUGAAAACUACAACUCGAAUGGUAACACGGAAGCUGGAGCUGGAUCGAGUGCUGUGGAUCCAGCCGGAACGACAGCAACGACGGAAGAUGGAGGAGCCAACGCUACAGAUGAAGCGUCUACUAGUUCCAAGGUGAUUUGA